GGAAGAGACAACAUCCGGCAUGAACGAAAUCGACGGUUUACACCCGCAAUAGUUCUCAUCUUUCCUCGUUGCCGGAGGUUCCUUGUGUACUGUUGUAAAUUCUGCCCCAGCUUCAUUCUCAAGGAUCAUGACCAGCAAUAGUGUCGUAGCCUUUGCUCCGCUGCACAGACACCGGUCUGCGCGAGCACAUGCCACGACCAUGGAGUCUUCAGGACUGCUUCCACUCGUCGACAGACAACGACGAGAGGCGUUGCUGGAGCUAAAAAGCACUACCACGAGAACAACGUCGUCGGAAAGGGCAACCGGAAGCAGCACGAGUCUUACUACUGGAUACGGGUUGUCGACUCCACACCGGGGCGAAGACACGGGUUUUGAUGUUGCAACUUCCGCUGGGCUCCAAAAGAUUCUUGCCAGCGAUGCGGAGGACGACAGUGACGUUACCAACGGAGGCGUUGCAAAACGCGGUACCAUUCCCAAACUUACCAUUUCCCUAGUCAAGAGCAUUGUAGGGAGCGGUAUUCUCGCGUUGCCAGCUGGUAUUGCCGCACUCGGUGAUUCUCCCGAUGUUAUACCCGUCGCGCUCGUGGUAAUCUUACUGAUCGGAGCUAUCAACGCCUAUUUCUUCUCUCUCAUUGGCCAGGUCUGUGAGUGGACCAACGCCACUUCGUACCGCGAUGCUUGGGACCGAACCGUGGGAGCCGAGACUUCCAAUCAAGCAGCACAUCACCAAGAUGAGGACAUCAACAAACUCCUACACUCUGAUGCAAUUCAAAGGACCCCGGCCUCGUCGCAAGUCGUUGCAGUUGUCGUGGCACUCAAAACAGCUUUGGCUUGUUUGGCCUAUUCCAUGAUAUUGGCCGAUAGUUUUCACGCUCUUGGCAUCGCCGCCGGUUUGGUGGACAUGUCUCGCACUCAAGCCUUGUUAAGCAUUACCGUGGGUGCACUCCUCCCCCUGUGCUUGCUCAAGGACUUGACCGCCCUCACGCCCUUUUCGUUGUUGGGGAUUAUCGGCAUGGCCUUUACUUCUGUGACCAUUGGGAUACGCCAUCACGACGGCAGUUAUGCGUUGGAAACUGGUGCCUAUAUUGACGACUUGCCCCAAGCCUUGUUGCCCAGCUUUGGAGACUCCGGCCCGCACAUCCAAGGCGUGGUGUUGGCCUGUACACUAGCCACGGCUUUUGUAGCACAUUACAAUGCACCCCGCUUUCGCAACGAACUCGUGGAUAGCACGAGGAAACGGUUCAAUACAGUCAUCUUUGGUUCCUACGCCAUUGCCGCACUCACCUUCAUGGUUGUCGCAACGGAAGGGUUCUUGACCUUUGGUGCGUCGUCCACUGGACUCAUUUUGAACAACUACUCUCCAUUCGAUCCUCUCAUUACCGCCAGCCGUGCGGCUGUGGCCGUUUCGAUACUGUUCGCUUUUCCCUUGCCCUUUGUUGGGUUUCGAGACGGCAUGAUGGACGUGCUUCAACUUCCCGAUGCUGAUCGCGCAAACCCGACGUUACGCGUGCUGCUCAGCAUCGGAUUACUGUCCGCAGUUACACUAGCUGCGGCGAAUCUACACGAUUUAGCCUUUGUCCUUUCCGUAGGUGGUGGUAGCUUGUCCACUGCCGUUGCUUCCGUCUUUCCGACUCUCAUGUACCGGUCCGCCGUGCGACAGCGCAACAACGGGGACGUGAAUGCUUCAAUUGAUUCGCGCAUUGCACUCGCGUUGAUGUAUUUUUGCGUCACUAUCGGUAUUACUGGAGUAGGGCUAUCUGUCGCAAAGGCGUUGCAUCUAUAG